CGAAUGCACGAUCGAGCUUGUUAUCUCCCUGAUCAAUGGCCGAGAUGAUUGUACUAUGAACCAUUUCCCUCCUUGAAUUAAAUCUUCUUCCAUGGCGUCCCCCGCGACGCUGUUCCGUCGGCCGCCCAACGGCCUCGCCGGAGCUCACAACCAUCUCCAUCCACCCCGAUGGCGUCCCUUUCAUUGUCGAAACAUCUAUUCCGCUGAAUUCAAGCCGUUUGUCCCGCCCUCUCCAAGUGAGCUGGGCCGUCCCGUGCCCGCUAAGACCUACGUGCGAACCCGGAAGUGGCUCCGACGCCUUUUCUACCUCUCAGCGGCCACAGGCGUCAUCUAUGGCAUAGACAGCCAGUUCUACGCAUCGUCCUUAACUAGGACUGCGCGCACCUUUGCUCUGGGGAUCUUCGUAGCGCUGGAUUACAAGAUUAAUUUCCGGCCCAGCCCACCCUUCGCUAGUUCCAUUACUGCUGUGCAUGCGCGAAAUGCUGAACGCUUGUUUGACCUCUUGCGCACCAAUGGCGGGCUCUAUCUCAAGAUCGGACAGGCGAUUGCCAUGCAGUCUGCCAUUCUGCCUCCGGAAUUUCAAAGAAUGUUUGCGCGCAUGUUCGAUGAUGCUCCGCAGGAUACGUGGAAGGACGUGGAAAAAGUGAUCUGUGAGGAUUUUGGGAAGUCUGUAGAGGAAACUUUCGGCGUGUCAUUCACUGGUGAUCCCGCGAAGGGUGUUAUGGAGCGAAGGGCAAGAGCCAGCGCCAGCGUCGCGCAGGUGCAUUGGGCUAGACUGCCGGACGGGAGAGAGGUUGCUGUUAAGAUUCAGAAACGGGAGAUCGCGCAGCAGGUGAAAUGGGACUUGUGGGCAUUCAAGGUAGUUACGUGGGUUUAUAGUCGCCUCUUCGACAUUCCCUUCUACAGCCUCGUUCCCUAUGUCAGCGAGCGCCUCUUCCUUGAGACGGACUUCGAAAAUGAGGCAAAUAAUUCCGAGCGGAUGGCGAAAUUAGUUGCUGGAGAUCCUCGACUGCGGGACCGAGUUUACAUCCCCAAAGUCUACCGCGAACUCAGCUCCAAACGCGUCAUGACGGCCGAAUGGAUUGAAGGGGUACGACUGUGGGAUAGCAAAACCAUCACCCGUCCCUGGCGAGGUGGUUGGCGUCAAGGCAGCCCUGGCUGCCAUGGCACGCCUUUAGAUCCCCCGGGUACAGAGGAUCUGGUAGAAAAGGCCACCAAAUAUCCGGCCGCUGUUAACCUCAAGCCGGAACGCAACGAGUGGCGCGGCUGGAACAAUCGGGGUGGUCUCGGUCUAUCUCUGAAGGACGUCAUGACAACCAUGGUGGACCUUUUCUCGGCCCAGAUAUUCAUCUGGGGGUUGGUCCAUUGCGAUCCCCAUCCUGGCAACAUUUUUAUCCGUCGACAACCAUCUGGUAAACCGGAGCUCGUCCUGAUCGACCAUGGUCUGUACAUCCAAAUGGACACAAAGUUCCGCCACCAAUACGCGCAAUUAUGGAAAGCCCUCCUUGCCUUCGAUAACAGCACAAUCAACACGAUCGUAAAAGAAUGGGGCGUCAACAACGCCGACAUCUUCGCCUCAGCAGUCCUCAUGAAACCCUACCGAGGCGGUGACCUAUCCACGCAAACCUCCCUCAGUGGCCUAAGCGAACACGAGGCCGCCCAGCGCCAUUACGAAAUCCAACGCAAGGCUCGAAAAGCUGUCCGCGACAUCCUCGGCGAUGAAACAAAAUGGCCGAGAGAAUUGAUCUUCAUCGGCCGCAAUCUGCGCAUCGUUCAGGCAAACAACCAGUACAUGGGCUCGCCCGUCAAUCGCAUCAAACUAACAGGCCUGUGGGCCUCUCGCGCUCUCGUCGAAUCCCCCGACUUGCCUUUACUCGAGAAGAUAAGGAACUUUGGUCACCAUCUCCUCUUCCGCUUUACGCUGUUCAGCAGUGAUUUGUUUUUCUUGUUUACGAGGGUGAGACAGUUCUUCCAUUGGGGUGGUGGGUUGGAGGAUGAGAUUGAGGCACAGAUGCAAGAAAUGGCCAAGUCGAUGGGGGUUGAGUUGCAGUCGAAUUUGUUUGAGGGUUGA